CGCUCUGGGCUGCCGGAGUUGGGGAGCUGUUCCGGCUCCGGCGCGGAGGGGCGGCGGCCGGGGAGGCGGCGGCGGCAGGAUUCCCAGGAGCCAUGUUGUCAGAAGUCCUACUGGUGUCUGCUCCGGGGAAAGUCAUCCUUCAUGGAGAACAUGCCGUGGUACAUGGCAAGGUAGCACUGGCUGUAGCCUUGAACUUGAGAACAUUCCUCCGGCUUCAACCCCACAGCAAUGGGAAAGUGGACCUCAGCUUACCCAACAUUGGUAUCAAGCGGGCCUGGGAUGUGGCCAGGCUUCAGUCACUGGACACAAGCUUUCUGGGUGAGGGCAAGGAGGAGAAACCAGGUGUGGUAAGAGCCUACAGAGAGGGCAGCUGGCCAGAACAAGGUGAUGUCACAACACCCACCCCAGAGCAAGUGGAGAAGCUAAAGGAGGUUGCAGGCUUGCCUGACGACUGUGCUGUCACCAAGCGCCUGGCUGUGCUGGCCUUUCUUUACUUAUACCUGUCCAUCUGCCGGAAGCAGAGGGCCCUGCCGAGCCUGGAUAUCGUAGUGUGGUCGGAGCUGCCCCCUGGGGCGGGCUUGGGCUCCAGCGCCGCCUACUCGGUGAGUCUGGCAGCAGCCCUCCUGACUGUGUGCGAGGAGAUCCCAAACCCGCUGAAGGACGGAGAUUGCGUCAACAGGUGGACCAAGGAGGAUUUGGAGCUAAUUAACAAGUGGGCCUUCCAAGGGGAGAGAAUGAUUCACGGGAACCCCUCCGGAGUGGACAAUGCUGUCAGCACCUGGGGAGGAGCCCUCCGAUACCAUCAAGGGAAGAUUUCAUCCUUAAAGAGGCCACCAGCUCUCCAGAUCCUGCUGACCAACACCAAAGUCCCUCGCAAUACCAGGGCCCUCGUGGCUGGCGUCAGAAACAGGCUGCUCAAGUUCCCAGAGAUCGUGGCUCCCCUCCUGACCUCAAUAGAUGCCAUCUCCCUGGAGUGUGAGCGCGUGCUGGGAGAGAUGGGGGAAGCCCCAGCCCUGGAGCAGUACCUCGUGCUGGAAGAGCUCAUUGACAUGAACCAGCACCAUCUGAAUGCCCUCGGCGUGGGCCACGCCUCUCUGGACCAGCUCUGCCAGGUGACCAGGGCCCACGGACUUCACAGCAAGCUGACUGGCGCAGGCGGUGGCGGCUGUGGCAUCACACUCCUCAAGCCAGGUAUCCCGGGGGUAGGUGGGCCAGGCUGCCAGCCUGGGCUCCUAAGAGGGGUCCACCUGGAGAAUUCCCUUGAAAGAAAAAAGAGACCUGGAAACAGGUCUCAGCUCUGCUCUGUGGCCUUGGGCAAGUUAAUUAGCCUCUCUGGGUCUUUGCUUCCUCAUUGGUAAAAUAAGGGUGAGAGUAUCUAGCUUGCAAGAUCAUUGCCCAGAUGCAAGCAGGAAAGUGCACCUAGAGAGCCUGGUGCAAGGCUGGGCUGUGGCUGGGGCUCCUGUCAUCGGGGCUGUCCCCACAAGCUUGGGAAGUAACCAGGGCAUUGUCACUCUCCACAUCUGCCUCAUCUUGCCCCACUUGUACCCCUUGACGUGGUCAGGAUGGGGUUGAUCUUGCUACAGAACGAAAGGGUUUCCUUCCCGUUGGUCUGGGGAAAGAGCAAGACUGAGUAAUGGGCUUGGCUUAGGAAGCCCCCUGCGCUGGUGCCUGGGGGCCUGGCAAGGGGCUUCCGCUAGUGUUUAACCACCUGACACCUAACUCUCCCUCAGGCUCCCUCCUGGCCUACAGUAGGCACUAACCAUUCCCACCUGCCUCCAUUUCCCUCUGUGCUCCUUGUCCCCUCCUUCCCUCCUUUCUCUUUCCGUCUUUAUCUCCUCCUCUCUGUUCUUCAUCCUUCCUUUCCCCUCUGCUUUCCACUAAGCCCCCUUAAGGCUCCAGGCAUCCCCUCACCCUCCGUGAUGGCUCCCAGGCCUCAGGAGAUGGCCACAUCCUCACUCCAGCCGACCCCAACUGUUGGUUCCUAGUUCAGAGCCCGUGACAAUGGUGGGACUUGAUAUUUCUGGAGUGUGUCCGCUGUGCCAGGUGUUGUGCCAGGCACUUUACCUGCAUUAUUUCCUUUAAGCGUCCCUAAGUUCUGCACGGGGAGGCAUCAUUAGCCCCAUUCCCAGAUGAGGAGACUGAGACUGAGAGGGCAAGUCACUUGUCUGAGGCCACACGGCCAGUACAAGGCAAGGCCGAGUCCUGUGACUUGAGAGCCCAUGUUUUUAACUCUUGCUCCUUAAACCCCUGGGGGUGCAAGGCUGGGCAUUCCAGUGCACAGAGGGGCUGCAGGUAACCCUAGGCCUGUUGGCUCAGGUGGGUCACAGCCAGGAAGGCACAGCAGGAAGGCCCGGGCUUUUGCCUUGAAUAUGAUGAGCUUCUCCCAUGGAGCAGAGAGUUGUCAAGGGUGACCUGCCUUCCCUCCCCGCAGGGCUGGAGCAGCCAGAAGUGGAGGCCACGAAGCAGGCCCUGACCAGCUGUGGCUUUGACUGCUUGGAAACCAGCAUCGGUGCCCCUGGCGUCUCCAUCCACUCAGCCACCUCCCUGGACAGCCGAGUCCAGCAAGCCCUGGGUGGCCUCUGAGAGGAGCCCACAACACUGCAGCCCCACCCAGAUGCCCCUUUCUGGAUUAUUCAGGGGGCUGCAGUUCGACUCUGUGCUGGCCAGCGGGCACCUAGCUCCUGACACUGCUGGAGAGGCCCCAGCCGCUUGGCGAUGCCGGCCGAGCUCUGCAGUCCCAGCGGUGGGACCUAGGGAGGCAUGGUCUGCGCUCUGCAUCUUCUGGAGCCAGCCGAGCAGGAGGCCCAGGAGGGUCCUCUGAGACUCCAGACCUGAGACGAGAAGGGCUGCUUCCCCGAAGCUCCCACAGCCCCAUCUGCUUCGGGCCCCCGCCUUGGCCUGUGUUCUCCCUGGCCGCCUGGGUCCGAUGCUCAGAUGCUAGGGCCUGGUUCCUGGAGAAGUGUGCCUUCUCUCUCCCUCUGCAGGGACCUCCCCCUGUCUCUCAGGGCCAGGCCUCUCCCUCCUCCUCCAGGAAGCCUUCCCCUACCCCUUGUCCUCCCUCCCUCCCAGAGCACCUGCUGUCUGGGUGGCUCACUCAGCACUUGGUGUGGCUUUCCCUUCUACCUAGCGGAUGGGGCUCCCCCAGCGGCUGUCCCGGAGGCGGUGGGCCUGGUUAAAUAAGGCCGGGUCCAUGUGCAGUUUCUUCCAAUCUGUACCUGAGAGGUUUGUGGAAAAGAUGGGAAUAAAAAGAUUUUGUGUCAACA